GGGAGCCGGCAUCACGUGACGGGGCCCGGAAGCGGCUGUCCAGGCGACUAAGAAACGAUGGCUAGGGGUCGGCGCUGAGGCUGCGCGGGGUGGGUUGAGCUGGAGCCGGAGCCCGGGCCGGACGGGGCCGAGUGCUACCAUGUCCACACAGAGACUUCGGAACGAAGACUAUCACGACUACAGCUCCACUGACGUGAGCCCUGAGGAGAGCCCAUCUGAAGGCCUUGGCAACUUCUCUCCCGGCUCCUACCAACGCUUAGGGGAGAACAGUAGCACAACAUGGUUCCAGACCUUGGUCCACCUGCUAAAAGGCAACAUUGGCACCGGACUCCUGGGGCUGCCGCUGGCAGUGAAAAAUGCAGGCCUCUUGUUGGGCCCUCUCAGCCUGCUGGUGAUUGGCAUCGUGGCCGUGCACUGCAUGAGUAUCCUGGUGAAGUGUGCUCAUCACUUAUGCCGCAGACUGAACAAACCCUUUUUGGACUAUGGGGACACAGUGAUGUACGGACUGGAGUGCAGCCCAAGCGCCUGGGUCCGGAGCCACUCCCACUGGGGAAGGCACAUCGUGGAUUUUUUCCUCAUUGUCACUCAGCUGGGAUUCUGCUGCGUCUACUUUGUGUUUCUGGCUGACAAUUUUAAACAGGUGAUAGAGGCAGCCAACGGGACCACCACCAACUGCCACAACAAUGAGACUGUGGUCCUGAUGCCCACCAUGGACUCUCGACUCUACAUGCUCGUCUUCCUGCCCUUCCUGGUGCUGCUGACCUUCAUCAGGAAUCUGCGCGUUCUGUCCAUCUUCUCCCUGCUGGCCAACAUCAGUAUGCUGGUCAGCCUUGUCACAAUCUACCAAUUCAUCAUCCAGGGGAUCCCGGACCCCAAACACCUCCCCUUGGUGGCUCCAUGGAAGACCUACCCUCUGUUCUUUGGCACGGCAAUUUUUGCUUUUGAAGGCAUCGGCAUGGUUCUGCCCCUUGAGAACAAAAUGAAGGACUCCCAGAAGUUUCCAUUCAUCCUGUAUUUGGGGAUGACCAUCAUCACUGCCCUCUAUAUCAGCCUGGGGACCCUGGGGUACCUGCAAUUUGAAGAUAGUAUUAAGGGCAGCAUCACACUCAACCUGCCCAACUGCUGGUUGUACCAGUCCGUGAAGCUGCUGUACUCCGUAGGCAUCUUCUUCACAUAUGCUCUUCAGUUCUACGUCGCUGCUGAGAUCAUCAUCCCAGUCGUCACGUCCCGAGUACCUGAGCAUUACCAGACAGUGGUGGACUUUGGUGUGCGCACUGCGUUGGUCUGCAUAACAUGUGUUCUGGCCAUCCUCGUCCCACGCCUGGACCUGGUCAUCUCCCUAGUAGGCUCCUUGAGCAGCAGCGCCCUGGCCCUCAUCAUCCCGCCCCUGCUGGAGGUGACCACCUACUAUGGGGAGGGCUUGAGCCCCCUGACCAUCAUCAAGGAUGCCCUCAUCAGCAUCCUGGGCUUCGUGGGCUUCGUGGUGGGGACCUACGAGUCUCUGUUUGAGCUGAUCCAGCCAAGCCAAGUCGACAUCUCUACCAAUUUCACCAGUGCCUUCAUAUAAGGAUCUGGGUGUGUUCCCUGCACCUGCCCAGCCCCACCCUUAUGUGUCUCCCGGUAGUGUCCCCACAGCCUCAGGUAUGGCUCAGCCUCUGCAGAAAGGCAGGCUUGCUGCCUGUGCGCUCCUCCACCUGGCAUUGGACCCUUGGGUACCCUGAGCUAGGUGAGACUGAGUUUGUGGGGAAGGUGGGGUGCGGUCACUCCACUUGUGACGGUACAGUCACUGCUUUCCUUCAUCAUGCCUCCUCCCCCAGCACCGGCCCCCCUCAUCUGCCACACAUAAUUAUUCCCAUAGCACAGCUCACUUUAUUUAAAAGGUAGAGUCCUGCUCCUGCUGUGUCCUCCUUUCCAGGGCCAGGUCUAGAGGAAAUCAGGGGAGACUCUUCCGUUUUACAGAGCCAGGCCUCUCUCUCACCAGGCUCCCAAAUGCUGUACCUCACUCACUCUUCCACCCCAGCUGAGUCCCGAGAGGCUCUGGCCCUCCGAACCCGCAGGCCACACCGCCUCCUCUCUCAUUGCUGUGUAGGUCACAAUACUGCCCACUUGAUUCCUUUAGCUCUUAAAGAUAAUGAGAUGCUGCUCAGAUUGGAGGUAUUUAUAAUUUAUUUAAGCUUAGGUUUUGGGGAUCUGACUUCAGACCUGGCAUCAUGGUGGGUUACUUCUCCUUCAUCGGCUUGCACUUGGCUUCUCCUGCCACAAAGAAACCUCCUCCAGGGGACCACGGUAUAUGCCCUCCACCCUCUUGGCUAAGUGGCCUAGGGGCCAUUCUUUUUGUUUGUUUGUUUUGUUUUGUUUCGUUUCGUUUUUUGAGACAGGGUCUCAUGUCACCAAAGUUGGCUUUGAACUUGCUGUGUCAAGGAUGACCUUGAACUCUUGGUCCUCCUGCCUCUGCCUCAAGUAUUGAGAUUCCUAGCAUGAGCUGCCACACCUAGCUGGCUCAGAGACCUUAAGCAGACCAUGUGGGCAUGCACUAUGCACACGCAGACUUCCAUUGAUGAGACUGAAUCCAUAUGGGCAUUCGGAAGUACUUGUGGUAUGCUGGCUGAGGACAGGGGUGUGGGUCUGACCUUCUCUUCGUAGACACUACGCACAAGGGUCAUUGUUUACAGUUCCUGGGGAGAGAGCAGAAGCCCCGCCUUGUCCCAGGCUGCCUGUGUAUCCUGGGCUUCCAAGGAACCACUAAACACUAACUGUGACCUGUAUCCUCCCCCAUCACACCUCCCAGAGUCACAUGGCUUCUAGGUCAGUCACCUCGGGGUGGACCUUUGAGGCAGCUAAGAAAGUUCGUGGCUUGCCACUGCUUCCCUGUUGGUAUACGAAAGAUUUUCAAAGGGCAGUCAUUAGCUCCCCAUCUUUGAGUUGUGCGUGUGACUGCGCACAUAUGUGUGCAUGCACACAUACAUACAUACAUACAUGACAGAGUACUUUAUGUCUCCUCCACCCUGGUUACCAGGCUCUUACCUAGAGAUAGGAUUUGCCUUGAACCUCAGUUUAGAGAAAGGAGUAAGAAUUUAACAGGGUUUUGCUUUUGUGUUUCACAGAAGCUAGAAGGGCUGUGGCCCAACCUUGCAGCUAAGCCUUUUCCUGCUGUUCUGUCCAGAGCCUGCCGAGUGACUUCCAGGGCAAGGGAUGGGAAGGGUGGCCUCUGGCGUACAGCAGCAGCUGGUCAAAGCAGCGAUGCUAGGAGGAGGCAUGGCUGUCGUGCUGGCCCUUAGCCCCCGGAGAGCAGUGCUUUUUACCCUUUCCACUCAGUAGUGUCUCCACAGGUGCUUGCUUAUGUGGCCAGGUCCAGCUGGGCUUCACAGACACCUUGUUUUCUGAAGUCUUAGGCUGAAAAAUGACCAUAGUAGGUUCAGACACUGACCUGCUAUUUCUGGGCGUGGGUUCCAGUAACCCAACUGUGGGCCAGACUCUCUCCUUGAGGCCACCUGAGCAUGGCUUCCUGGUUGGAGGGACAGUGUAUUCAGAAUUGUUAGAGGCACCCCUAUCCAGGUGGCUUUGGAAGUCAAGACCCAACACACAAGGCCAGUUGUCUCUUCAGGGCCCCUGGCCUGAGACUGUGUGGAGUGCCUUCUUUAGCAUUAGGCCAGUGCUUUAGCAUUAGGCCAGCAGCUUCCUUGGUGUGGCCUCUUGCUGUGCUCCUGAGGCACUGGCAGUCUGGUGGCUUGACUCUUUCAGGAAGAUCAGGGCCUUUCUAGAUGGACUCCAGGCAGCUGCUAAGCAUAUAGUUCCCGGUAGAAGAGGAAGCGGGUCCUCUGCUGCACACAGCCUAAGGGCUCACAGGAGCCUUGAGUCAGGGCCCUCCUGGUCUCUCCUGCUCUCAGUUGGGAGCCAGAUGGCCCCUGGUGAGAAAACACUCAGAUAAAUGGAACCUUGAUCAGACCAACAGGCAAGGCUUUGUGAAGAGUACGCCUUCAUCCAGAUGCCCCAAGGGCAGACAGGCUGCCUGAUCCUUGCCAGCCUGCUGUUUGCCCGCACCCGCAGUUCAGAGACCCGUUAUCCCAGACUUGAAUGUGAGCACUUGCCGGGGAGAGUGUGAUCCAACCUGUGCAGCUCACCCUGCCCUUAUUAGUGGCAUCGUUUGCAAGGUGCUGCGGUCCGGGUCAGGAGGGGUGUGGGUUAGCUUAGCCCCGCCCACCUGACCUCUCUAGCCACACCUGGGCAGGUGCUCACUGUCUGCUGUUCACCCUUGGAAGACAUGGGUCAGGUGUGAUCAGUGGUCUGAAGACAGAUCCCAGAGCCUGUCUUUAGACUUUUUCAUCCUCAGAUUCCUCCCUGUCUUCGGUGUCAUGCCUUGGGACACUACUGUUUCACCUGAUUUCCAGGAAGGUACAGAGCUCUGGUCAUGUUUACAGCAUUCUCUGUCCUCUAUGUAGGUCGAGGACUCUGGAUGUGGGUUUGCUUUCUCUACUGGCCAGCCCCAGCCACCACUCCCGUUGGGACACUGAGACUUGCUGAGACCUGAUACGGGAACCAGACAGAGUGGUGGGACAUGGCCGUCAGGAGGGUGGCGCCAAGUCGACUUUAGAAUUUCAUUUUCUAAAGCACAUUGCAAAUCAGAGACCAUUAAGGGAGAGCAAGCCGUCUGGCUCGACUUUGAAACUGUGGUCAGUACUUGAAGGCACUUUAGUUCCGCUGGUCGCGCCAGCUUCCGCCUGGUCGGUUUUUCCUUUUCCAUGUAGCCUGAGUCAUUCCCUGGUCAGAGACAUUAUAGGCAGUUAUCAGAAAAAAGAAAGUGAAAAAUGAGGCUGGAAGGUGCCUGGUGUUCGCCUGUUCUUUGGUUUAAAUCAAGGUGAUGUUGAAGAAGCUGUUUUCUUUCUCUCUCUCUCUUUUUUUUUAAAUGAAUAAUAAAAUCCUGUGUCUGUAUUGUAAACUGCCAGUGGAUGUGCGAAUCAAGGAACAAGAGAAUUGCCAUACAGAGAGAGUCUUAAUGGCCAGAUAGCACUGUGUGUUGUGUGCCUACUUGUGUGUGAUUUCAGUAGGGUAAGCGUACGCAUGGGGGGCGUGCCAGAGCAUCUAGGUCUCAGUUGGGUUGAGCACAUGGAUCUUGUGUUAAAUUUCCACUUCAAUAAAUGAAUUUUAUUUUUUAUUUUUGA